UUGUUCAUUAGGUUCAAGUUGACGUUGCUUGGCUCACUCAAGUUGAAGUUGGUUGGCCUUGUGAGGCAACUGUGCAGAGAAAUGGCAAAAGGUCUCAUAUGGGCAACAGCAGAGGAUUUGGCAAGGAAUAGAGGACGUGUUCUCUCUCUUUAUCGCCAGAUAUUGCGGAGCAUCAACUCCCCAAAGCUUCCACUCACUUUUGCAGCAAGAUUGGCUAAGAAAGCAGAGGUUCGUGCUAUCUUCCUGUUGGCUUCUGAAGAGACAUCCCUGCAUAACAUUGAAGACCUUAUUGACACUGCUGAGUAUUCUCUUUCCCUUCUAAGUUCUAAGAAAAGGUGAAAUCCCCAAAUAUAUACAAUGAGUAAGUCAUGUCUCUCUCUCUCUCUCUCUCUCUCUCUCUCUCUCUCUAAGUGGUUGAAUCUCACUCAACCUAUACAAGAUACACAUGGAACAAACUCAUUAUGAUGAACUACUUUGAUGUGACUUCUUAUUUACUGAAAUAAAAACUUUAGUCCUUUGUUCGUGAUGCA